AGUGGAUUCCGUUGGGAAGAAGUCUAUCAUCGCCAGGCGGUUCCCUGGGGAUCUCUCUCGGUUGUACGUGUAGGUUAGCGGUGUCACCUCUGGGAUGACUCCUCCAAGCCUCCACGCCUCUGUGGAUUUAAAUUAGCCUGGAAUAUGAGCAGAAGAAGAAGAUAAGCGGCGGCGGCUGGCUUCCUGCGGGAUUUUAUCCAGGCUCUUUUUUUUGUUGUUUUUCCGUGGACAUGCCUGGUCUAUGGAGCAAAGCUGAGCGAAGCUAGCUGGCCGACAGUCCGGCUAGCGCAACAUUUCCAGGCUUUUGGAUGAUUGUUUAGCUGAAGAGCUGAUUUAUUUUGGAUCAGCACUACCUCCCCUGCCUGGGUAAGGAGUCAGCAUGGGGGAGCCCAGCCUGGACGACUCCAAUGUCAAGGUGGCUGUUCGUGUACGGCCCAUGAACAGGAGAGAAAAGGAACUAAACACUAAAUGUGUUGUGGAGAUGGUGAAGAACCAGACCAUCCUCCAUCCUGGCGGAGCUAACCUGGGCAAAGGAGACCCCAGGAACCAGUCCAAGGUCUUUGCCUAUGAUUACUGUUUCUGGUCCAUGGAUGAGACAGAUAAGGAGAAAUUUGCCGGUCAGGAGGUGGUCUUCCAGUGCCUUGGGGAAAGUCUUCUCCACAAUGCCUUCCAGGGCUACAAUGCCUGUAUCUUUGCCUAUGGACAAACUGGUUCGGGGAAGUCGUACACCAUGAUGGGUUCAGGGGACCAGCCAGGUCUGAUUCCUCGGCUCUGCAGUGCUUUGUUUGAUCGAACCCAGAGUCACGAACGGGAGGAGGAGAGCUUCACUGUUGAGGUGUCCUACAUGGAGAUCUACAACGAGAAGGUCCGAGAUCUGCUCGACCCCAAAGGGGGUAGACAAACUCUGAGGGUGAGGGAACAUAAAGUUCUGGGUCCCUACGUAGAUGGCCUGUCUCGACUAGCUGUGGCCAGCUACAAGGACAUUGAGUCUUUGAUGUCAGAGGGGAAUAAGUCUCGGACUGUCGCUGCUACCAACAUGAAUGAGGAGAGCAGUCGAUCACACGCCGUCUUCAACAUCAUCCUCACACACACACUGAAAGACUUGCAGUCUGGGACAAGCGGGGAGAAGGUGAGUCGAUUGAGUCUGGUAGAUUUGGCCGGGAGUGAGCGAGCAGCAAAGACUGGAGCAGCAGGGGAACGACUCAAGGAGGGAAGCAACAUCAACAAGUCUCUCACCACCCUGGGCCUGGUGAUCUCGGCGCUAGCUGAACAGGGAACAGCCAAGAACAAAAACAAGUUUGUUCCUUACAGAGACUCUGUUCUGACAUGGCUACUGAAGGACUGUCUGGGUGGCAACAGUCGCACAGCGAUGGUUGCAACUGUGAGUCCAGCAGCAGACAACUAUGAGGAGACGCUAUCGACACUGCGCUAUGCAGACCGAGCAAAGAACAUUGUUAACCAUGCUGUCGUGAACGAAGAUCCCAAUGCUCGCAUUAUCAGGGAACUCCGAGAGGAAGUAGAGAAACUAAGAGAACAACUGACUCAGGCAGAGUCUUUAAAGGCUCCAGAGCUGAAAGACCGUCUGGAAGAGUCAGAAAAGUUGAUUCAAGAGAUGACGAUCACCUGGGAGGAGAAGCUUCGUAAAACUGAGGAGAUUGCACAGGAGCGUCAGAAGCAGUUAGAGAGUCUGGGUAUUUCUCUUCAGUCUUCAGGGAUUAAAGUUGGAGAUGAUAAGAGUUUUCUUGUCAACCUUAACGCCGAUCCUGCUCUCAAUGAACUGCUGGUGUACUAUCUGAAGGAACACACAAAGGUGGGCUCUGCAGACUCUCAGGACAUCCAGCUGUGCGGGAUGGGUAUCCAGGCAGAGCACUGUGUCAUCGACAUCACUGCAGAUAGUGCAGUCAUCCUCACCCCCUACCGCAAUGCUCGGACAUGUGUUAAUGGAUCUCCAGUGACCAGUGCUCUGCAGCUUCACCAUGGCGACCGCAUCUUCUGGGGAAACAACCACUUCUUCAGGAUCAACCUGCCUAAGCGGCGCUCUCGGGGAGCUGAGGAAGAGGAUGGUGAGGGUGGCGUGAUGAAGAACAGUGGCAGCAGUGAGCAGCUGGAUGCAGAUGGUGACACAGCCAGUGAAGUGUCCAGUGAGGUCAGCUUCUCCUAUGAGUUUGCCCAGACAGAGGUCAUGAUGAAGGCUCUGGGCAACAAUGACCCCAUGCAAGCAGUGCUGCAGUCUCUGGAGAGGCAGCAUGAAGAGGAGAAGCGCUCCGCUCUGGAGCGACAGAGACAAAUGUACGAGCAGGAACUCCAGCAGCUCCGCAAGAAGCUGAACCCGGACCGUCUGUCCACCAGUCCCUCCGGAGGGCCUGCAUCGGGCCAGCAAGGUCCGGGACAGCAGUCUCACUACCGCAGCCUGGAGAGACUCAGUAUUGGAGGAAUGAGCCAGUCAACUAGUGCUCAGAGCAGAUUGAGGCAGUGGAAUGAGGACAGGGAGGCGGUGUUGGUUAGGAGUUUGCGGCGGUUGAGGGAGCAGAUUGUGAGGGCAAACCUCUUGGUGCAAGAAGCCUGUUUCAUCUCUGAUGAACUGGAGCGACACACAGAGUACAGAGUCACUCUGCAGAUCCCAUCAGACAACCUCAACGCAAAUCGCAAGAGGGAUGCAGUGCUCAGUGAACCAGCGAUUCAGGUUCGACGGCGGUGUCGAGGGAAGCAGAUCUGGAGUCUAGAGAAGAUGGAGAAUCGUCUGGUUGACAUGAGAGAGCUGUACCAAGAGUGGCAGGACUACAACCUCCAUCAUCAUGACAACCCUGUGAUGCGCUCAUAUUUCCGACGAGCAGAUCCGUUCUUUGACGAGCAGGAAAACCACAGUCUGAUUGGCGUUGCAAAUGUCUUCCUUUCCUGUCUGUUCUAUGACGUCAAGCUGCAGUACGCUGUUCCCAUCAUCAACCAGAAGGGAGAGGUGGCAGGGCGUCUUCAUGUGGAGGUGGUGAGGGUUGGAGGGGCAUUAGAGGACAACAUGGCUGGAGGAGAUGAACCUGACAACAACCAAGACACUGAAGUCCAGGAUCGCAAACUGGUCUGCAUGAUUAAGAUUCUGCAGGCAACUGGUCUUCCCCAAUUCCUGUCCAACUUCGUCUUCUGUCAGUAUUCAUUCUGGGACCAGCCUGAGCCCUUCAUCGUGGCUCCCGAAGUGGACCCAUCGUCCUCGUCACCCAGCACUAAGGACCCACACUGCAUGGUGGUGUUUGACAGCUGCAAGGAGGUGGCAGUGUCAGUAACAGAGGAUUUCAUCGAAUACCUGACUGAAGGGGCAGUUGCCAUUGAGGUGUAUGGACACAGACAGGCUGAUGCAGGGAGAAACCCUGCCCUGUGGGACCUUAGCAUCAUUCAGGCCAAGACACGCACACUAAGAGACAGGUGGAGUGAGGUAACGCGUCGCCUAGAGCUGUGGAUUCAAAUCCUUGAGAUAAACGAGAAUGGAGACUUUGUCCCAGUGGAAGUGGUUCCUGGCAGAGAUGUGCGGACUGGAGGAGUCUUCCAGCUUCGGCAGGGUCAAUCGAGGCGACUCCAGGUGGAUGUGCGUUCAGUUCAGGACUCAGGCACCAUGCCUCUUAUUGCAGAAAUAGUGCUUGCAGUGUCAGUGGGUUGUGUGGAGAUUAGAAACACCACAUCAAACCAGGAAGGAGAUGAGAUGGACAGUUAUCAGGAAAGAGACCUCGAACGUUUACGGCGACAGUGGUUAGCUGCUCUCACAAAGAGACAAGAAUACCUCGACCAGCACCUGCAGAGCCUGGUCAGCAAAGCAGAAAAAACAGAGGAUGAUGUGGAGAGGGAGGCCCAGCUGCUGGAGUGGCGUUUGACUCUGACAGAGGAAAGAAACGCUGUUAUGGUGCCCUCUGCUGGCUGCGGCAUUCCUGGAGCACCUGCUGAAUGGGUUCCUCUGCCAGGCAUGGAGACUCAUAUUCCUGUCCUCUUCCUGAACCUCAAACCUGAUGACCUCAGCUCUCAAGACCAGUUUGAGGUUCCUGAGGCUGGAGGUUGGGACGCCAUCCUGAGUGGAGAGGAUGAAGACGACUUCUUUGACCUACAAAUCGUCAAACACUACGAUGGAGAGGUGAAAGCAGAGGCAUCAUGGGAUUCUACCGUACACGAGUGUCCCCAGCUUAGUCGUGGGGGAGUAUGGCCGGAGCAGCGGGUAUACCUGACGAUUCGAGUUGUGGUUCAGCUCAGCCACCCUGCCGACAUGCAGCUGGUCCUGAGAAAGAGGAUCUGCGUUAACGUUAAUCCAGGCCGCCAGGGUUUUGCACACAACUUUCUGAGAAGGAUGUCCACCCGCAGCACCAUACCUGGCUGUGGGGUCACUUUCGAAGUGGUCUCUAACAUCCCUGGGGAUGCCCCUGGUUCAGAGGACAGGGAGAUGCUUGCCAACCUCGCUGCCAGCGCACACAACAGCCAGUCAGGUGAUGACGAGGCUGCAAUUGAAAAAUACCUCCGCAGUGUCCUCAGUCUGGAGAACAUCCUGACUCUGGAUAGACUCAGACAGGAGGUGGCAGUGAAGGAGCAGCUGACAGGCAGAGGGAAGAGCAACAGACGGAGCAUAAGAUCUCCUUCUGUCCACAGGCUGUCUGGAAGUAGACAAGACCUGUCCACAAGCUGCCUGGAUGAUAAGGGUCGAUGGGAGAGUCAGCAGGAUAUCUUCAUGCCAUCUCAGUUUCACCGCACCCUCCCCCGGCCCGCCUCUUCCCCUUCCACCUACUCCACCUCCCCUUCUUCAUCCUCUUCUCCCUUCGGGAUGACAUCCCCACAGAACCAGGAACCAGAGCAAGGUCGUUCAGGACUUGCUGCCUCUUAUCUUUCAGUUAAGGCGCUGGUUCCUCAGAUGCCCAAACUGCUUAAGUCUCUGUUUCCGGUGCGAGAUGACAAGAAGGAGCUUAGACCUUCGCCACACAACCAGCAGCAGCAUGUCCCUCGCAUUGUGACAUCAGGAGGGGACGACAAUCGAGUCAAGGCUGAGACGACUGCUACUCUACGGCCCCCAACCAAAGACAAACGGGCAGAGUUCCCAGAAGUCCCUCCUCUUCCUGUGCAUGACACGCAUGACAUCACCCCCCUCAGCCCCCUCAGCCAGUCAUCAAGCGGCUACUUCUCCAGUAGUGUUUCUACAGUUACCCUGUCUGACGUUCUCCAACCCUCCUCCUCGUCUUCCUCCCUCCUGGCCGCUGAGACUACGUUACCCACAAACCCCCGGCAGCAGGGUGCUGACAGGAAUGAUGUUGUAACCUCUCCUUCUCAGUGUGGCGCCAAGAUGGCCGCCGUCGCUCCACCCACUGCCCACAGCUCAGCCAAUCACAACAACGUCACUACGGAAAACUCCUUCUCUGAACACAAGCUGGUCAACUCAGGAGGAGGUGGAGGAGGUAGAGGAGGUGAAGGCUUUGAGAGGCUGGAGAUCUUUGUGGAUGAUGAGGAGCGCAGCCAUGAUGGAGUACUGCCUGAGUGGCUGACAGAAGGGGCGUAUGUUACAGUAGGAAGCAAUAAAGCCGGGACAGUGCGCUACGUGGGAGUGACACAGUUUGCUGAUGGCGUGUGGGUGGGGGUGGAGCUGGACACCCCUGUAGGUAAAAAUGAUGGCUCAGUUGGAGGUCAUCGAUAUUUCAACUGUAAACCAGGGUAUGGGGUGCUGGUUCGCCCAGACAGGCUGUCCUUCCGCGAACGGACCAGCCGGCGCACAGGAGACUUCACCGCUCCAGCCCAUGUGCCUGUCUUACGAGGAGAAGCCAUUGUUGCCCGCCGGGGGGAGAACCGCAAGUCCUGGAGCAGUUGAGACAGGGGAAAGUAGGAGCUGGACAGGAAAGAUGAACUCCCCACAGUCCUGCUCCUCCUCCUCUCUUCCUCUCCUCCCAGCUAUGCAACAGGCUCACACAUAAGAAGUGACAUACUGCCUACCCCUCAUAUAGUUUGAAACUACACUCACUACAUCCGUUCACAAGUGGUGGAUGGAAGUAGAAUAAAGACAAUACAGAGACCAUUCAGAGCGAAUGCAAGUAAGUUAAUGAAAGACUAUGCAGAGUAUGUAGAAGUCCGUGGAAGGACUAUUUAUCAUGUGGGAAGAUGCUAAAUGAACGGCGGUCAAUGGGAAGACUGCUGAGAGAGAAUGGAAGUCAGUGCAGACUUUAUCGUAUUUGAAGUGUCGAAGCUCUGCGGGGGCGUGGAUUGGACGCAGCAGACUGGAUGAUUUGCCUCAGAGAUGCUUUCUGAGCUGAUAUACAGGGAUGCAAACGAGUCACAUUUUAGACAGGAGUCACUUUUGAUCCCAGUUUACAUCUGAGAGUAUGUUUCAAACUUGGAGGGGCAUUUGAGAGCGCAGGAAAUAACACUUCUAGAAUGAAAAACCUUCAUCUUUUCCAGUUGGAUGCUGGCUACUAUUAUUAUUUGCCUUUUUUUUCUGCUAUUCACCAUUGAUAAUUAUUAGUUAUUACAGUACAAGUAGCUACUGCAAAAGAUUAAAAUAUACUGUAUGGCCAUUCUGAUUUAUAACCAUAGAAUGGUGUCUCUGGCAUUUUUUACCCCUCCUACAUGUCUCACUAUAAUAUGUUCAUUGUGUAUGAGGAAAAAUGGAUCAAAUUUGAUUUUUAGACACAAGCUCAAAGCGUGUCAGUCAUACUAUGUUUGCAUCCCUGGAUAUGAUGCCUCUACCUGGUAGUCUUGAGACUCUAUGUCCCAGAAUCCCCUGCUCCGGCUGCCACUCCCCUGAACUCUCUGCGUCUACAAACUGACACUCUGACUCUCUGUUAGAGACUCGUCUUCUCUUCCUGGACUUCCUUUCUUUGGAAGACAGAUCCUCCCAGAAUGUGCCUUCACCAUGGCUUGGUUUGCAUUUGUUUUUCUGUGUAUUUAAUUUCUGUUAGCUGUGUUUGUGUUAAAGAGAAUGCCUUGUGCUAAGUGUGAGGUGAUCUCAGGGACUGCAGAGGGGAAAGGACAAGGAGGGGGGUGUGUGUGUGUGUGUGUGUGUGUGUGUGUGUGUGUGUGUGUGUAUAUGAGUGUGUGUCUGUAAAUGUUGUACAGUGUUGCCCUGUGUGCACAAAAAAGUUCAUAUUGUCGUAGCCGUGUAGAUGUUGAAGAUUAUAUGUGUAAAGCAGGAAAAGUUGUGUCCUUAUUGGACAAAGCCACUAUGGGAGCAAAUUGUUUGUACUGGGAGGCUUUUAAAGUCGAUUUUGCACUGGAGACGUUGGAUAAGAAGCAUCUGUAUGUUAGCAGAACAUGUCUGUGGUCAUGGUGCAGUGAGACAGAGAGGUAGACAAAGGUAAACAGAUUCCUCCAACCAUCUAGUAAUGUGCAAAAGGUUGUUGAUGACCUUACAUUAGAGUAUAUUUUCCAUCUGAAAGUCUGUUCUUGGAGCUAAUUAGCUGGAUUUCCUUUGUGACUGACAUUUGGACACCAGGAGGUGCUGUUCAGAGUCGUGCUCUGUGUUGGUGGGAAUAGGCAUGUGUAUGUGUUAAGGAAAGGAAAGUGAGACGGACACGCAGAAGCUCUGCUGGUUAUUUCACGCUUGAGAAAAGAAGUAAUUUGCUUCUAUGCAUUUGAUCUGUUUUAAAAGAAGCUAGUUUUUAUCUUUUAUUUUUAAAUAACUGCCACAACUGGGAGAUCAAGCUGUGUGUUUUGGGAAAGUAUUAAACACGAAAGCAGUUCUGACUGAUGGAACAUUCCUGGCAUGUCUGUCGAGGAAAAUGCAUGUGGCGGACUUUAAUGGACAUCGCAUUCCAGAGGGACUUUAACAUAUUAUAGUGACCUUAUUCUUUGUGUAUUUAUUUAUGGAAAAGCAUUGACAGUACAUAUGUGUACCAUCUGUUGAUGAGGAAUAUAGACAGAAUACACAUGUGUCCCCAAUAUGUUUCUGUAAGUUAAAGGGGCACUCCGCUGAUUUAACACACAGUCAGUUUACUUGUCAUAAGGAGUGCUACUCAGUGGAAAUAUUUGUGUCCUCUCUUCAGGGGAAGCUGUAGUCUGGGAACCUGUCGAAUCUGCCGAUGUAUCUGUUCACCCUCCCAAUCAAACGACGACCUGGCCCUUGUCAGGCCAAUAACAACCAUUUAUCUAAUAUGGGGCGGGUUUCAGACAACUGGCAGAGCCUUGGUGCUUUACUCAUAAUGCAUAAUGACAGUGUUUUUUGCUAAUGUCCCCUCAUGUCAGGGAAACUAUGGUUAGCAUAAACCUGGCGUAGUACAAAGGACCUUUGAGGCAUUUUUAGAUAGCAUCCAAAAUGGCUGCUGCUGAUCUGGAACUUCUAUUGAAGUACUAUUUUCAAAUUCUUGACUAGUCCCAGCAACACUCGUUCACAGGUAUAUUGAUGCUACAUCGUCACAGCCACAUCACAAGUUUCACUGCUCUGAUUAGUUGUGCGUCUAUCCAGUUGCGUUCAGAGGCAUUUUGGUCUAUGGGUCAGGUUGUGAUAGCCUGGAAAUACAGACCCAAAUCUAGAAAGAUUUAGGGUCUGGCCAUGAGUAAUGAAAAUGGCCCAACUCGAGGGGCGGUACCAAGCA